AUGGAAGAUACCCCACUAGAGGACUUGUCUGCUGACGACUGGGAACAUCAUGUUUUCGAACAGCUUUUAGAUUCCUAUCCCAGACUUUUAGAGCGACUACAAAAUGGAUCUGAGGAGGAAAUCAUUCAUGUUGGAGAAUUGGUUGGUAAGGGAGCCGCAGGCGCCCAAGGUGAUGACAUGAAAAUGUUAAAAUCUGCAGUUCUUGAUUGGAUUGCCCCAAAAGGAGCAGAAAUUGAGCCUCCUCUACAUAGAAACUCAAAAAUUGACCAUGGAUUCAAUCAUCAACUUACAGGAUCACUGCUUUGUCCCGCUGGGCUGGAUUGGAACAACCCAGAAAAAAAUCUCCAAAGCGGUGAAAUGUCAGUUUGUGGGGAUCAAUGGCCCAUUUUUUUGUACACCCAUUAUACUUACAACACCAAUGACCCAUGGUGUGGUCUUCUUAGGAGCCGUUUACUUGUAUGCGCUUAUAAGCACGUUUUCAUGUGCCCAAGUUCAGUCGACAAAGAGCCAAAAGCCACACAAUCCGGAAAUGCUCAACUCCAUGGCAUGAGUUCAGUCACUAUUGCAUCAAUGGCCUAUAUUGCAACACAGGUCCAAUUUGCUCUAAGCUCUUCCUUGGUGUUUUCACAAACCGACACGACCACAGAUUUGGAGACAUUCUACCACAGCCUGCUUGAUCUCUUCGAGGACCCCAAUGAGUCUACAGAAGUCAAUGAGCUGCUGAUGUGGUGGAAUCGCCAAGUUUUCCCUACUUCCUCUGCCACCAAGCGACCUAUCAGUGCCAAUAGUGCCCUAUUGAAGAUUUGGCUCAAAUGA